GCGAGCCAUCAGGCAUCGGGUCCCCACCAGUGCACCCGGUGUGCAAUCUGGUAACACUGGUUUGCACUGGUCUAAUCUUUUAUACCGCGACACCCAAUAAGGAAUGUAUAAAAUCAUGUACAGAGUUGUUCGUGUUACAAUUAUUAAAUAUUAAAUGUAAUUAGGAUCGAGCAUAUACUAUUAAAUUUGAGGAAACUGUACGAAAAAGUAAACGUUUUUUUCUACUCCCGCGCCAUCUUGAAUUUCUGGGAAUUUGACUCAUAGUAGAACAGUGUCAGUAUACAGAUAUGAAAACGGAAAGUAGAGUAAGGCAAAAUGAUGAUUCCUUGAAACAAGCAUCAACUAAGCAAGCUAUUCUAACAGUUGCAGUGAUCUUUAUUACUUCAUUAUCGGCAAUGUUUUAUGUGUAUACUAGUUUUCCAGAACUUGCAGAAAAUGAAAGACAACACUUGAAGUUACCAUUACAUAUUGAAGAUGCUAAAAACCUGGGUAAACUGUUAAGUCGUUAUAAAGACCUCUAUUAUUUCCAAGUACUAGCUGGAUUAUUUAUUACAUAUAUUUUCUUACAAACUUUUGCUAUUCCAGGUUCCAUUUUCCUCUCAAUCCUGUCUGGCUUUCUUUUUCCAUUUCCUUUAGCUUUAUUUCUAGUAUGUACCAGCAGUGCAGUAGGAGCAUCACUUUGUUACUUUCUGUCAUCGCUUCUGGGGCGUAAACUACUUUUUAGAUACUUCCCAGAAAAAGCACAAGAAUGGAUGCAAACAGUAAAAAAACACAAACACCACCUUUUUAAUUAUAUGUUGUUUCUUCGGAUAACUCCACUACUACCAAAUUGGUUCAUCAAUCUAGCUAGUCCCGUAAUUGGAGUACCUCUUGCACCUUUUGCUAUAGGCACAUUUUUUGGAGUUGCUCCCCCAUCUUUUGUUGCAAUACAAGCAGGUCAGACGCUGCAAAAUUUAACUUCUUCUAGUGACGCAUGGUCUUGGAACAGUAUUCUAAUUUUGUGCGUGUUUGCAGUGCUAUCAUUAGUACCUGUUUUAUUUAAGCAAAAACUACAACAAAAGUUAGAUUAAAUUUUAGGGAAAAAUUGAAUAAAAUUUUAUUUAUUCAAAAAAUGCACUUAUUUGUGUUAAGUGUUUAGGAAGCUAAAGAUAUAACAAAAAUAUUUAAGAUUAAUUUAGUUGCAAUUCAAUCGUUAAUGUUGAAUCAAUUUCAAUAUAAUAAAAAUUGUUAUUAAUCAAACAGUAAAAAACAUUC